GACAGGGAAAACAGAGAGAAGAGGCUGCACCUUUAUCCAGUAUGGCGAACCAUCUUCGCUUCGUUGCGCGGACCGUCAUGGUUCAAGAUGGAAACGUGGACGCAGCGUACAGGGCAUUAAACAGGGUGCUAACAGUGGACGGGGUUAUUCAGUCCAUCCGACAGAAGCGUUACUUUGAGAAGCCAUGUCGACAGCGGCAGCGAGAACAUUAUGAGGCCUGCCGUCGCAUCUACAACUCGGAGAUGGCGCGGAAGGUUGCUUUCAUCUCGCGGACUCACAGACAGGACCCUUGGGUUGGCUGCUGAGGAAGAUGUCAGAUCCAGAGAUGGCAGGACCGACAGUGCUGGACUGGAGAACGCACUGCUCAUAAACUAGUUGAUCCCACUGUUUUAUCUUCACCCUUACAGAGCAUCAGCCCCAUGACUAAACACAAAUUACUGGCAAUUUACUUUGACAUUAUGAUUGUUUCUACUCUUAUUUUGGAACACAAGAUCUUGUACUAUUGGACAGAUAAAGGUUGGGUUGUAAUCAAGUCUAUGGAUGGAGGGGUAAUACCACUCUUGAACAAAUCUUAACAGAACUGCCAGCGCUGAUAUGAAAGGAAAAGGUAAUUUUAACAACGCCCCUUGUUUAAGAGCUUGUAUGGUUUUUGUGAUACUCUGUUCAUUUGCAUAUUCUGUUCUGUUCGAGGACAUGUUAGCCAUAUUAUUUGUUGGAAGUAUCUGUCCUUUACAAAUUAGCUCCCAUCGCUAGAGAUAAAAGGAAGGGACUACUAUUUACUCUGUCCUUUGAUGCACCCUGAUGUAAGUAGUGUGCUGAUUGUAACGCUUUACUUUAUCCAGUCUGUGAGCAUUGGUUGCUGAUCCAGCACUUGUCAUUGUGUAAUUUAUGCCAAUAAAAUCCUCCGUGUCCGCUGGA